AUGAAUACAAUAGAGCCGAGGAAGCACCAGAUAAACCGUACAAUCUGCAUCGUAUCGGACCAAGACAAGGAACUAGAACCAGAACUCACCGAACUGGACGAGACAAUCGACAGCAUCCUGUUGAACAUGUCCGAGCCUACCCCCUUCCUGCCACUUGUAUCAGAAUCUGUACCUCGGUCCAUGUUUGAUAUUCCUAACGUGAACGAGGGUCGAGGUUGUUUCGUUAACGAGAACGCGGGCAAGUUUGUUGAGCGAUGUGACAGCUCAAUGUCCGUCGUGUCUGCUCCCUCUCCCACUUUCCCACGAUUAGAGGACCCUUUUUCUGAGGACGUAGCGUUCGUGCCCUCUCCAGCAACUCUGCAGAAGCCUGCGAGUGUCAGACGAAUGGAGAGGCGGCGGUCCAUCGAUAACUCACUGCUCUCGCGCACCCAGGUGAACUCUCCAGUCAUAACUAGCACGAGGCGUGUAUCCCGACCAAACUUGCCUGCUGCCAAGGUUCCUGACUCGGUGGCACCUCGAAUUAAAGGGAAAUCGUCCGGCGAGGUGGUGCGGAACGCUGGUGACGUCACGACACGUGGUGUGACGUCAGCACGCAACUUGUCGUCCCGUGAAGGCAUGCGGAGCUCUAAGUUGACGACCAGUUCCAUUGCCGCUCCUAAAAUUACUCGCUCAGGCGAUAUCGAUGUAAACUCGUGAGGAGCGAUCCGUCCGGUCAGCCGAAUAUUGACAUUUUGCCAAAUUCAGGGCGAGAAUCUGUUGGAUAUUUCGCUGUUAACUUUCUUAAGAAAAGAUAUAAAUCUUUGAGGCCGUAUUUUAGUGAAAGUAUAUUUUACUACAAAUAGUUUUUUAAAGCUUUUUAUCGCACUUUGGCCAGGUGCUGAAUAGUUGAGUUUUCAUCUAUAACAAGGAAUCUUAGAGUGAUGAUGUUGGUUUAUUGUUGGUUCACAGGGUUUCAGACUUAUUGAUCAAAGUGAAAUGUUGUAUGUAAACUUAUUAAUCGUGAUUUAUUUUAUGUUACCAAUCACCUAGUUCAGAGUUAAAUAAUUAACCGUAUUUGUCAGAGUUUAGUGCUAUAGAAAUUGAUAUUUAUUUUCUUA